UGAUCUGUGUGGUGACAUGAGGAAGAAGAACUGGGAAGAGGAUAUAGCGUAGCAGCGUCUUACACAACCCAACCCCCAUGCGUACGGUAGCUACGUCUCUGCUCUGCAGCAGUGGCAACGGUGCAUUUCAAGAGCGGACAGCUUGUUAUCUUCCCCCUCUGACUGCACUGCCUCUGCAUCCAUCCCAUUCACUCUGUUCAUCCCACUCCACCUCUUCCUCAUCCUCCCAACAACGGCAUCAUUAGGCAGGACUACAGACCGUCCGGGAUCACCAACGGCAAUCACUGGAUGCUCAGGUUUGCCCUCUCUGAAGGAGUCGUGGUGGAGAUGCUAAAUCAUCAUUACCUCCAUUAACAACCGGAUUCUAUUCUAGCUCAGGAGACAAGGAGAAGAAAAACCACCCCAAACAACGAAAAAGGAGUCUUAGAUGUUUGUGACGAUCUUUGUCGGCGCUGUUGGGUAGUUGAUUCGUUUCUUCUAUUUGCUUGAUUGUUUUUAUCUUCUCUGAGACUGGCUAGCAGGCACUGCAGCACCAGGAAGGACUGCAGGAGCCGUGAAGGGUAGGGCAUGAGGACCCAGGGGCGAGCCAGCGGAAGGGCUUGAGCUACCAUUGCUGCUGCCCCUGCUGCUGCUGAGGUGCUUAUCUUGAUUUUUUUUCUCCAGAAAGGGCGGCUGGUUGGGGUGGGUUGUGACAGUGCAGGUACUCAGGACCCUGCAGAGCGGAGUGGGUGGCUCUGGCAUAGAGGAGCCAGGCAGGGAGGCAGGACGUCCGGUGGGAAAGGAGGAGAGAAGAGAAGAAGAAGGGCUGGCUCAGGCUCGGGCCCCUGAUGGUGGCUAUUUUUAUCUCCCCUAGCUGAGUGAUUGGGGACAGCCGGUAAAGGGAAAGAUGCUUAUGGGUGCGGGACGAGACACGGCGCGGGAUGAGGCCCAGAAGCUUCACCGGAAAUGGCUGAAGCACCAGGCCUUCAUGACCGAGCUGGCCCGCAACAAAGAAUGGCUGGCCAAGAUAGAGCAGGAGGGUCAGGAACUGAUUGAUGAGAAGCCGGAGCUGCGUUCGGUGGUGCAGCAGAAGCUGGAGGAGAUCAGGGAGUGCUGGACGGACCUGGAGAGCACCACCAAGGCCAAGGCCCGGGCUCUGUUUGAGAACAACAAGCCAGAGCCGGUGGUGAAGAGCUACUCAGACCUGGACCACCAGCUCUCUGGCCUGGAGAAACAGCCCCCUCAGCUGGAGCAGGCUCACCAUCUGCCCACCUUCAAUGAGCAGCUUCAUAAAUUCCAGUCUCAGAUGGGGGACUUGUACAAGGACGUAGGGGAACUAGGGUCCCUCCAGGGGAUGUGUCUCCCCCAGCGAGGCAGCCUGGAGAAAGGCAGGGAAGGAGAAGGGGGCGAGCAGCCAGCUGUGGUGGAGACCCGCAUCGUGCGCCUCAUCGAGCCCCUGAAGGAGAGACGUCGCAUUCUGCUGGCCUCCAAGGAGAUGCAUCAGGUCGCCCAGGACCUGGAGGAAGAGAUACUGUGGAUCCAGGAGCGGCUUCCUCUGGCUUCCUCUAAGGAUUACGGCAACAACCUGCAGAGUGUUCAGCAGCAUGUCAAGAUCAACCAGACGCUGCAGAGAGAUCUGCAGGGUCGCCGGGCGCGGGUUGAGGAGGUGUUGGACCGGGCGGGGAUCAUCGCCUCUCUGCGGACCCCCGAGGUGGACUUUGUGCGCGAGGGGGCAGGGCACGUGCGUCAGCUUUGGGAGGUGCUGAGGCUAGAGGCGGAGAGGAGGACUGUGAUGCUGGAUGUGGUGCUGCAGGCCCAGCAGUAUUACAGCGAGGCGGCCAAAGUCGAGUCCUGGCUGGCAGGCCAGAAACUGCACCUCAUUAGCGAGGAGAAGGGUAUGGACGAAGCAAGUACCCUGCAGCUGCUGAAGGAGCACCUGGCCUUGGAGGCGAUGGUGGAGAACUACGCUGAGACAGUGGGCAUGCUCUCCCAGCAGUGUCAGAGGCAGCUGGAACUGGCACACCCAGACAGUGAGGGGAUCACCAAGCAGCAGUCCCACAUAGACCGUCUGUACGUGUCUCUGAAGGACAUGGUGGAGCACAGGAAGACCAAACUGGAGCAGCAGUAUUGGAUGUACCAGCUCAACAGAGAGGUGGAGGAGUUAGAAAAGUGGAUCACUGAGCGGGAGGCCGUUGCCAGCUCCACUGAGCUGGGCCAAGACCUGGAAGAUGUCACGAUGCUACAAGAAAAAUUCACCAAGUUCUGCUCAGAGACCAACAGCAUAGGCCAACAGAGGAUGGAGCAGGUGAAUAAGAUGGUGAACGAGAUGAUAGACUGCGGCCACACGGACGCGGCCACAAUCGCUGAGUGGAAGGAUGGACUGAACGAGUCAUGGGCCGACCUACUGGAGCUCAUGGAAACCCGAGGACAGAUGCUAACAGCAUCAUACCAGCUGCACAAGUUCUUCACCGACUGCAAAGAGGUCUUGGUUCAGAUUGCGGGGAAGAUGAGGCAACUACCAGAGGUGAGGGCGUGCCAAGCCAGCAUCGCCAACCCGGCCACGCUGCAGAGGCUCAUGCGCUCUUUUGAGCACGCCCUCCAGCUGCUUGUCUCACAGGUAAGGCAGCUGCAGGAGAACGCGGCCCAGCUGAGGGCCAUCUACGCCGGGGAAAAGGCAGAGGCCAUCAUGAGCAAGGAACAGGAAGUGAUGUCAGCAUGGAAGGAGUUGCUGGUUUCCUGUGAGGCCAGUCGCGUGCAGGUCACCUCGGUGACAGACAAGGUCCAGUUCUUCUCAGUGGUGCGUGAGCAUCUCAUGUGGAUGGAAGGCAUCAUGGGACAGAUUGGAGGGGACGACCCCAGGGAUUCGUCCUCUACGGAGGUGAUGAUGAAACAACAUGGUGAGCUGAAAGCCAAGAUGGACGGCCGCAGUAAGACCCUACAACAGUGUGUUGAGCUGGGAAAGAUCCUGUUGGCCACAGGCAACCCAGCAGCUGAGGAGAUAAAGGAUAAGUUGGACACACUCCUGGCUAAGCAGAAGGAUCUCUCUGAGAGAUGGGACAAACACCAGGAAAAGCUACAGCGCAAGAAGGAUCAGUUCCAGUAUGCCCAGGAGACGGUGACGGCGGAGGCCUGGCUGAAGGCCAAGGAGCCGCUAAUCAACUCUAGCUCCAACUCCAGGGAGGCUGGGGGUGCUGGAGGAGAGGCCCAGGCUCAGACUGACGAGGUGGAGCAGCUCAUCCUCCGCCACGAGGCCUUCCGUAAGGCUGCAGCUACCUGGAAGGAGCGCUUCAGCUCACUGAGACAGCUCUCCAACGCAGAGAAGCUGAGAGAAGAACAGAGCAGCAAGCCUACCCCAACACCACUCUCCAGUCGGAGGAUGUUCCCAUCAUCCUGCCUCACUCCGACCUUUCCCCUUGCUACCUCAACUCUGCUGAGGCAGACGGUCCAGCUGCAUAUUGAGCCCAGGCCCAAGCAGACUAGUCUGGGGAUGGCUGCCUCUGCCUCCACUGCAGCCCAGAGGUUGGGUUCUACCAUGGCCAGCUACACUCCUGUCAUGAAUGGCUCCAGUUACCAUGGACUGGACCAUCAGAGCAGCAGCGGGGGGUUGGAGAGUUCUAACUACCCUGGGCUAAACCAUCAGGCCUGUGGAGGUGUGGACAGCAGCUCCAGUUACCUUGGAGUGAACCAUCAGACUGCCCCCCCGCCAGUGGAUAGUUCUGGCUACCUUGGACUGAACCAUCAAAGUAGUCCAGGCUACCUACCUCAAAAUCAAAGUAGUGGGGGUAUGGGUAGUCCAGGUUACCUGCCGCAAAAUCAAAGCAGUGGGGGUAUGGGUAGUCUAGGCUACCUGCCGCAAAAUCAAAGUAGUGGGGGUACGGGUAGUCAAGGCUACCUACCGCAAAAUCAAAGUAGUGGGGGUUUGGGUAGUUCAGGCUACCUCCCGCAAAAUCAAAGUAUUGGUGGUAUAGUUAGUCCAGGCUACCUUGCGCAAAAUCAACACAGUGGAGGUAUGGGUAGCUCAGGCUACCUUGCACAAAAUCUAAGUAGUGGGAGUAUGGGUAGUUCAGGCUACCUGGCUCAAAACCAUCAAAGCAGUGGUGGUAUGGGUAGUUCAGGCUACCUGGCUCAAAACCAAGGUAGUGGGGUUAUGGGUAGUUCAGGCUUCCUUGCGCAAAACCAAUGUAGUGGAAUUAUGGGUAGUUCAGGGUACCUUGCGCAAAAUCAAAAUAGUGGUGGUAUGGGUAGCUCAGGCUACCUUGCACAAAAUCUAAGUAGUGGGGGUAUGGGUAGUUCAGGCUACAUUGCACAAAACCAUGGUAGUGGGUGUAUGGGUAGUUCAGGGUACCUUGCGCAAAUCCAAGGUAGUGGAGGUAUGGGUAGUUCUAGCUAUCUGCCACAAAGUGGUGGGGUCAUGGACCCCAAAAUGGCAUAUGCGUGGCAGCAUCUGAAAGCCGACUGCAUGCAGCCCAGGAUCAACCAUAUCCACAAGGCUGUCAACCCCCUCCUGGAGGCCAGCAGGGCACAGAGGGAACAGUUUGGGGACAUCCCCAUGGUAGACAUGAUCGGACCAGAGUCCGGCCUGGAGCUCCUCCAUGGCAGGCUUCAAAGGGACCCCCGCGGCAGCCGCUCUGACCCCCAGAUGGACCACCUGCGGCGGGAGAGGGAGUACAAGCUGGGCCGCCAGACCUCCAGCGAACAGGAGAUCCAGGCGCGGCUCAACGAGCUGCCAAUGAUCGUGCGUCAGGAGCGCUAUAGGCGACGCCUGGAGAGGCAGUCGUCCAGCGAGCAGGAGGGCAGUGGGAAGGCGAGGACACCAAGGCAGGACGACUCCAGCGACAUGGAGUCAGCCAAGGAAGGCUCUGACAAACGCUUAACAGAGAAGAGAGCCACCACCAUGGCUGAGAUUGUGGAGCAGGCCCAGGAGAGAGAGGCAGCACAAGCCAGAGGGGAGACAUACCGCCCCACCAGCAGCCUCUCAGCACCCGUGACAUACGAGCGCCCGCGCGCCCGAGACCGCCCCAAACCCCGCAGGAGACCCCGCCCCAAAGAGCUUGAGGAGAAGCGGCGCUCUCGCUCCGCUCCAGCCCAGAGUCCGGCGCAACUCUUGCCGCCCUCACACACUGCCCAUAACGAAGGCUUCCUGUACCGCAAACACGACUUUGAGGGCCAGCAAAAGAGUCCCAGCAGUAAGUCGUGGGUGAACUUGUAUUGCGUGUUGUCAAAAGGAGAGAUCAUUUUCUACAAGGACGCCAAGAGCAUCACCACACCUUACAAUGAAGAAACCCCACUCGACCUGAGCGUCUGUAUAUGUGAUAGCACCAUGGGAUACAAGAAGAAGAAAAAUGUCUUCGUUAUCAAAAAAAAUGAUGGCAAUGACUAUAUUUUCCAUGCAAAGGAUGAGGAGGACCUGAAGGCUUGGGUCACUAACAUCACCACCAGUAUAACUGAACACGAGGAGAUCGCCAAGUGGGACAAACCCACGACCUCGUCCACAGAUCCCGACCGCUCGGAGAGGAAAGAGAAGUCAGAGGGUGACGCAGAUGCCAGGUCAGAGAGAUCUGAGAUGGGAGGAGAAGAGGAGGAAGAGAGGUCUGAGAAGGGAGAGGGCUCCGAGAAGACAGGCGAGGGCUCCGAGAAGGCAGACACGUCGGAGAGGGGUGAGAUGGCAGAGGGAGGGGCAGGGGGCUCCAGCACGUCAGGGAAGAGCAAAUGAUCCCCGCUAAGUGGAGGAGUGGACUGCAUCCAACCAUCUGCCCGCUCCAUCCUAACAUUACCCUAAGACACCAGACGGUGGUGAGCAAGCGAGACGGAGGGAGAGUGUGUGCAUUUUUGUGCAUAUCUUCUCUCUCUUUCUCUCUCUCUCUCUCUAUAUCUCUCUGUCUCUCUCUCUCCCUGUGACAUCCUGAGGCUUGUGUCCUUGGACUACCUAAUGUUAACUGUGACAGACUGAUCUUUCAGCCCCUAUCCCAGGCAAAAUACAUCAAUGCUUGUAUUGCAUUUUGGCCCUUGCUGGUAGGUUGGAGGAUGGUGGAGAUGAAACAGCGCCACCGUGUGGUCACAGGCAUUCGUCACAGUCACAACUCAUUGAUAAUUUAUCUCUUGGAUUCACAGCAUCUCUCAGUAUAUAUAUAUAUAUAUAUAUAUAAUAUACCUAUGACUGACUAUGUAAUGCUCUAGAAAAACCCAAGCAAUGGUGAAUGAAAUGUCUCACAAUAUUUUGAAAAUGCUUUUUUUCUGAAGCAAUAUACUUUUUUUAUUUCUUCUCUAUGUUUGAGAGAGAGGGAAAGGAGACAAGAAACAGUUACUUAUUGUUAAUUAUAUGAUUGGUCACAUUCAUCAUCAGCUUGUUUCCAGCAGGUCAGCAGCACCUUAAACACUUUCAACACAUCUGUGUAUACUCAGCAUAUUGCCAUUUCAAACACACCUCAUCUCUAUAUCUGAGUCAUGCUGUCAUGAUGGAAUGCUGGUAUUACCUAUGUGUGUUAAUAAUGGAAUUGAUCAACACACGUGUUUCUCUUCUGAACGUUUGGAUUAAUCGUGCACAGGCCCAUGGCAUGCCAGGAAUAAAGGUGAACUAGAGUUGCCAACGUAAGCAAAACUCAAUCACCCCCAAGAGUCUAUUUGAGGAGGCCAAACAUAACCCACUUGUAGUGCCAGGCCUGUGUCUACAUCUCACUUAUUAAAUCUAACCAUCCAUGGCAUGACAUUGUAUAGUGCACCUUUUACUUUAAUGAAAAGUAAUGUUCUUCAUGGUCUUGAAGUUGACCAGUUCUGAAAUGAAUUUGGCUGUGCAAUAAUUUAAUCUAAAGUACUGUGUAUAAUGCUAACAUCGUGGUAUAAUUCUGGAAUCCUGAAGAACGUUCUAAAGGCUUCUCUUCGGGGAUCUUAAACUCUCCCCACAUGAAGUAUGGUGAUAGGAAGAUAUGUUUUAAUGACAGAGCAGAGAAAGUUCCCCACAUUACAAGCCCAAGUCAGACAUCCUUCAUGCUUCUUUCGAGUUCUAUUUGAUCUGAGACAAGAAGCAGUAUAACCUCAUUGCUGUUUUUAUUAUAUUACUGCAAUAUAUUUCAAUAAGGAUUGUAAUUGUUGCACUAGUGAAAAUACAAUAGUAACAUCAAUAUUAGAUGAACCUCAGAGUAUAUUAUUAACUACUUCUCCCUCCCUGUUUUCUUUCACUCUGAGUUGAAACCAAUAGAAAACAAUUGUCAGUCAGAGGGGAUUUAUCUAGUCGUGAAAUUGUACAUAAGCUACAUGGCCAAAGGUAUGUGGACAAAGGCUCCUGAGUGGUGCAGUGGUCUAAGGCACUGCAUCUCAGUGCUAGAAGCGUCACUACAGACCCUGGUUCAAUUCCAGGCUGUAUUACAACUGG